CUCCGGAGAGGACGUCGAGAUAGUUGAGGAGAGGAGGCUUGUUCGGCACGAAUGACACUCGUUGCGCCUUCCUGUAAUUUGGAGAGGUGUAUGCAGCGCACGACCCCGUCGCCUUUCCAGGUGGAAAUCCAGGAGGAGCUGAGACCGAACUUAACUGGGACAACUGGUGAACCCGGUUCAGGACAGGUGAAAUUCCCAGCAGGCUGCCUUCAAGGCCACGGGAUCGAUCCAGAUGCGGGGAAGUCCGGUGUAUCUGUGCGCGGGUCAUGGAUAAACGCCACGGUGGAGGCUUAACUUUAACCGGCUGAAGUGUCAGAUCGCACGUCCGUGGGGAAUACCGGGGAUACUCACCCAUCUCCACCUGAGCCGUUCACGUUGAAUCUGCAGCGCUUUAUUUUAUUCCAAAAAAAAAAAAAAAAAACCCACACAACUGCAAUGAACAGGCGGCACAGCGGAGGGAGACCCGUCAGGCUGCCGAUGUGAACGACCGCCGCCGUCUCACGCAAGGAAGGACCCCGAGAAACAAGGCGCCGACAUGAAGGAGAAAUCCAAAACGGCCGCAAGGACUAGACGGGAAAAGGAGAAUAGUGAAUUUUACGAACUGGCCAAAAUGUUGCCUCUGCCGUCGGCCAUCACCUCCCAGCUGGACAAGGCGUCGAUAAUAAGGCUGACGACAAGUUACCUGAAGAUGAGAAUUGUUUUCCCUCAGGGUCUUGGGGAGGCGUGGGGUCACGCGAGUCGAACAAGAUCCUUGGAAAAUAUCGGGCGAGAGCUGGGGUCUCAUUUAUUGCAGACUCUGGACGGAUUCAUCUUCGUCGUGGCACCAGAUGGGAAGAUAAUGUACAUUUCCGAGACAGCAUCGGUCCAUUUAGGCCUAUCUCAGGUAGAGUUGACUGGGAACAGUAUUUAUGAAUACGUACAUCCCGCCGACCACGACGAGAUGACCGCUGUCCUGACGCCGCAUCAGCCCUAUCACUCCCAUUUCGUCCAAGAAUACGAAGUGGAGCGCUCCUUCUUUCUGCGGAUGAAAUGUGUGCUGGCGAAAAGGAACGCAGGCCUCACGAGUGGUGGAUACAAGGUCAUCCACUGCAGCGGCUACCUGAAGAUCCGUCAGUACAGCCUGGACAUGUCACCGUUCGAGGGCUGCUACCAGAACGUGGGCCUGGUGGCCGUGGGUCACUCGCUGCCGCCCAGCGCCGUGACCGAGAUCAAGCUGCACAGCAACAUGUUCAUGUUCCGGGCCAGUCUGGACAUGAAGCUCAUCUUCCUGGACUCCAGGGUCGCAGACCUGACAGGAUAUGAGCCACAGGACCUGAUAGAGAAAACUUUGUACCAUCACGUCCACAGCUGUGACAUCUUCCACCUCCGCUGUGCACAUCACCUGUUGCUGGUGAAAGGUCAGGUCACCACCAAGUAUUACCGCUUCCUGGCCAAGCACGGCGGCUGGGUGUGGGUGCAGAGCUACGCCACCAUCGUGCACAACAGCCGCUCCUCCAGACCUCACUGCAUCGUCAGCGUCAACUACGUCCUCACGGACACGGAGUAUAAGGGAAUGCAGCUGUCCUUGGACCAGAUGAGCCCCACCAAGCCGGCCUUCCCCUAUGCCGAAAGCCACGCCGAGGACAGGAAGAGCACCAAGUCCCGCCUCACUCAAGCCAAGGCCAAAGCCAGAGUGUCCCCCUACCCACAGCAGUUUUCAGCCUUCAACCCAGAGCGCUCCGAGUCCGACCAGGACAGCCAGUGGGGAGGGAGCCCGCUGACGGACUCGGCGUCCCCCCAGCUGCUGGACCCCGGCGAGGCCGUCGAGGCGUCCUGUGCCUAUCGCCUGUACCCGGACCCGGGCUCCCUGUGCUACGGCCUGGGCCUGUCGGAGGACGAGCUCGCCCACGCCCAGGCGCACUCGCACACCGCCACCUGCGACCGCGUGCGGUGCCAGGGCGGCCGCUACUUCCUGGGAACCCCCCAGUCGGGACGGGAGAUGUGGUGGGACGCCACGCGCUCCGUGCUCUCGCUGCCAAAGUCGGCGGCGGAGAACAGCGAGGGCUACGAAAUCACAUCCUACCACGGCGCCAUUCACGGAAGGGGCCACUGGGACGAAGACAGUGUGGUGAGUUCACCGGAUGGAGGCGGGUCCACCAGCGAUUCAGGUGAGCGUUACCAUGGCGACCACUACCGAGCAAGCCCCCGGGAGCCAAGCAAGAUGGAGACGCUGAUCCGCGCCACGCAGCAGAUGAUCAAGGAGGAGGAGAGCCGCCUGCAGCAGCACAAGGACGCGGCGGGCCUGGCCAAGGCUCACAGCCCGUGCUUCGCGUCCUCGCUGCCCGACCACCCCCAGCUCGCCAUGCCCAGCGUGGUGUGCCGCGGCCCCGGCGCCCCCAGCAUCGAGCUCCCCUCCGAGCGGCUCCACUACCGGGACGCCGUCAAGGCGCUCGGCGCCCACGACACCGACGAAAACGCCGCCGCCAGUCCCGCGUCCCUGUCCCGUCUGAGCAGCCCCAGCUCCGACGGCAUCCCGAAGUCCGGCCUCUCGCUCACCAAAGACUACAUGCAGGCGGACCUGUCGCCGCACCCCUCGCAGCCCCAGGGGAGCCUGCUGCUCUACCCGGCCCAGGAGCGGCAGCCACUGGACAGGCAGGCGGCCUACGCCUUGGCCGGAUACUCCCUGGAGCACCUUUACGACCCGGAGAACCUGCGGAGUUACUCGGGCCUGGCCUGUGGCGGCGUCCAGUACGACGUGGCGUCUCACGUGCGGAUGCAGGCCGAGCAGAUGCAGGGACACAAGGCCACCUCGGUUAUCAUAACCAACGGAAGCUGACAUAUCCGGUGCGGAUGGGUCCGGAUCGCUAGCUGAGGAUGUGACAGUAACUCGGUGCUGUAUGGACGUCAUUGAUGAGGUGCUUGAUGCAAAAGACAAUGAAAAAGAAAAAAAGGUACCUGCACUGGGUUGAAACAGCCCCUGGGGCUCAUUCAGCACAAUUUGUGUCCAUCAACCAUUAUCUUUGUUGUUUCAGAAGACUCUGAGUAAGUAGAGUUAGAGAGCUAACAAUCGGUUUGCCACCAGAGCCGGGCGGAGGUUUGGCUCUAUUACAUAGGACUCUAGUGGUGUCUUAAUGGCAGAGGACUGAAGUCCCUCCCUACGAAGGCGACCCAGGAGUCUGGUUAAACAUGAAGCCAGUGUUUCUGUUCCAAACAUCUCACGCAUCAUUGGCCAAGUGAGUUAAUCUGUCCUGGACGCAGUUUCCAAAGGCAGUAAGAAAGCGUGUUGUUCCACUGACCCUUCAACUUAAAAGUCCUCCACGCAGGCGUAAUGUUUGACACGCGGAGUGCAACGUUCACGAUUGUAAGAUGUCAGUGUUUCCUUGUAUUUAUUUGUCCGUGGGCUGUUUUCUGUACGUGCCAUUUCUUUCUGUCCAAGUAGCAUCUUUUCCUGGUGGCAUUGAGUUAGUUGUGGUGUUCGGAUCGCGCCAAAGUUUGACGGAAAAAAAAAAUGAAGCGAGUGGAGAAAGAAAGAGAGGAAAAUGUCUCUGAUAUGUAAAGGUGUCAACUUCAAGCUCGGAACAACAAGUGAGACCAAAUUGACUCAUUAGCGUUGUCCUCUAAUUGCAUUGACAACAGCAGAUGUUUCUCAAACGAUCACUUACAUAUCAGAGAAGGAUUCUUCCUGCUUUACCUCAGUGACCCUGCUCCAACACGUGCUUUUAAAUCCACAUCAACCAUUUGUUUUUGUCAUCACAGCCUUAAUGGUUCACGUGACGGACACACGGACGUCGCGUAAAAAUGUGUUGAAUGUUUAGUUUCCUAUUUAAUUUAUGAUGUAAAUAUCCAUAUACAAUGAACUUUUGGACAAGAAGUGACAAGAUUAUUUAUUAAUUGGUUAAAAAGUAUCUUAAAUCUGAAUACAGUUGUAAACAAAU